AUGUCAUCUCUAUUAGAGUUGCAUUUGUCCUUUUGCAGUCUUGCUUCACUCCCUCCAGCUUCACCAUUUCUAAAUAUUACAUCUCUUUCCAGGCUUUAUCUCACUGGAAAUCUUUUUAAUUCCACUAUACCUUCUUGGCUGUUCAACAUGAGCGGCCUUACAGAAAUUAAUCUAUAUAGUUCAUCUCUAAUAGGUCAAGUUCCUUCUAUGUCUGGGAGAUGGAACCUCUGCAAGCUUCGGAGUCUUGUCCUAUCAUCUAAUUAUCUAACUGGUGAUAUAACAGAAAUGAUUGAGGCCAUGUCUUGCAGCAACCUAAGUUUGGGGUUGUUGGAUUUGAGUCAAAAUCAACUAAGUGGGAAAUUGCCCCGUUCUUUGGGGAUGUUUAACAAACUGUUUAGUGUUGACCUGUCAAGAAACUCAAUGAACUCGCACUCAGGUAUCUCAGGUCCUAUACCAGCAUCUAUAGGAAACUUAUCAAAACUAGGUGCCCUGAACUUGGAAGGCAACAUGAUGAAUGGGACAAUUCCAGAAAGUAUUGGUCAACUAACCAAUUUGUAUUCUCUACACCUACUUGGUAAUUAUUGGGAAGGUAUAAUGACAAAUAUUCAUUUCAAUCUCACAAAGCUAGUCAGUUUCACUGUGUCAUCUAAAAAUAACAAACUUUCUUUGAAAGUGACAAAUGAUUGGGUUCCCCCUUUUAAGUAUUUGAGUCGUAUCGAAAUUCACAGUUGUAAUGUUGGCCCAGCAUUUCCUAAUUGGCUCAGAUUCCAAAUCCAAUUGGAUGAGAUAGUCCUAGAAAAUGCUGGAAUUUCUGGGGAUAUACCCUAUUGGCUUUACAAUAAAUCUUCCCAAAUUGAGCAUCUAAAUCUUUCUCAUAACAAAAUAAGUGGUUACCUUCCCAGAGAAAUGAAUUUCACUUCCUCAAAUUUUCCUACAGUUGACCUUUCUCAUAACCUGUUGAAGGGCUCAAUCCAGAUUUGGUCUAAUGUGAGCAGUCUCUACCUAAGAAACAACUCGCUGUCUGAAAUAUUACCUACCAAUAUUGGCAAAGAUAUGUCACAUUUGUUGGACUUGGAUCUCUCAAAUAACUGCCUGAAUGGGAGCAUCCCCUUAUCCUUAAAUAAGAUUAAAAAAUUGACUUAUCUUGAUCUAUCCAACAAUUAUUUGACAGGGGAAAUUCCUGAGUUUUGGAUGGGUAUACAGAGCUUAAGCAUCAUUGAUCUAUCCAACAACAUGUUGGAAGGUGGAAUUCCAACUUCAAUAUGCUCAUUACCUUUACUUUUUAUCCUAGAAUUGAGCAACAACAAUCUCACUGCAGAUUUGUCUUCAACCUUUCAAAACUGUACUCAGCUAAAGACACUCUCGCUAAAAUACAACAGGUUUUUUGGGUCUAUGCCAAACGAGAUAGCCAACAACAUUCCUAUGCUUUCAGAGUUAUUAUUGCAAGGAAACUCAUUCACAGGAAGCAUUCCUGAAGAGCUAUGUCAUCUACCUUUCCUCCAUUUGUUGGAUCUUGCAGAAAACAGCAUCUCCGGAUCAAUACCAACAUGUUUGGGUGAUGUGAAGGGUUUCAAACUGCCACAAACGUACUUUAUUUAUUUAAUGUAUUCAUUAACCCUUCAAGGACGUGUGCGGUACACGAGGCACAUAGAAUUGGUCCUAAAAGGAAGACUAAUGGAAUACACGAAAUAA